AUGUACGCAGGAGUCGACAACUGGUUGGGCCCGCUCCCUGGGCCCCGCAUCACGCCGCCGCUCCCCAUCACCUUGCUAGACCGAGGAUCCACCUCAACAGCGGUCACCGACACGGUGCCGGCACGCUCCACCACGUAUGAGGCGCAGUACGCCGAGUGCGCCGCGUACCAAAAGGGCACCAUGUACAUCAAAGACCCCAGCGGAGAGAACCGCAACACGAUGGAGCUCGACACAGUGCCGCUCUCGCAGCUCUACUCGGUGGGCCACCGCCUCUACCGCAAGCGGCAUCAGCCGGACCCCAGUCAGAACUUUGCGCUACCCACCGCACCGCCGGACUUCGACGGUGACUCUGCUAUCGACCCACAGACGGUGGUGCAGCACGUCCGUAGUCUCGCCAACGCCUAUAACAGCGUCAUUCCCGUCCCGACACCGUUUGCCAUCUACGAGGAGGUCAUUCUCGAUGCGCAGGAGGCGCUCAAGACGACGACGGAGGACACAAAUCAGAGCACGUUCUUCACCAACUCGGAGAUAACAAACACGCCCGUGCCGGAGCGGGCCGACAACACGAUGAACGAUCUCUUUAUCUACUCCUCCACCUUUGGCGCGCAGCUGCAGUCUGAUGCGUUGAUGAUGUCGGUGAACCUGCUGAACGGGUGUCACGCACAUCUGCGCUCGUUGCAGCUCCUCUACCACCGUCUGCUGUCCGACGUGAACCUCUCCCGUGCGUUGGCUCCCUCCGUGGUCAGCGAACUCUUGACGCAGCUCGACAACGUCUCCAAAGAAGCGGCGCAGCCGACGGAGGAGGUCAUGGAACGCUUCGCCAUCGCGGGUCUCCUCGUGGGGCGGCGUCAUGAGCUCAACGAGGUGCUUCGCUAUGCCGCCAUACUGGAGCAGCUCACCAUCAGCUCCUCCUCCAUCGUCCCGGUCGAGGUGCCGCACGCGCGCGAGAUCGUAGCGUCUUUCUCCCUGCAUGCGGCGGAUAUGUGUCCCAUCACCUCCCCCAUCGACUGCUUCCAAGACGAUCCGAUCAACAUGAAGGUGAUGCUAGGCGAGGGGACCGGGGUGCAGCGUUUCUGCGUGAGCCCCAACCAGAAGUUCCUCGCGGCGGUGGGCUCGCAGCGCGCCAUUAUGGUCAGCCUCUCCACCGGCACGGCGUGUGCGGAGCGCGACUUGCCGGAGUUGGCCGGGCGGUGCUGGAAUAUCACGUUUUCCGAGGACUCCACGCAUCUAAUCUGCACCGAUAGCAGCGGCAUGCGGCACGCCGUGCUGCCCACGGACCUCUCCACACAAGAUGACCUCCACACGGAGACGGUGUCGAUCGUGACCGACUACCGCAGCAGCGGCCUCGAGACCCAACCACCGCCGCUGCUGCCCAGCGGGUCCACCUCCUCGCUGUGGCUGUUGGAGUCGGCUGCGGCGGACGCCGUGAGCUUCCCCGUGGCGCCGCUGCAAGACUCUAUCGAGUGCAUCUCGCUCUGCGUCCACGCCUACCACGACUGCAUCGGCUCCCUUCUCUGUAUUGUCCCCGACAGCGGAGAAGCGUUGUGCGUGGAGCUGAGUUCAAAUCUGAUCCGCAUGCGCCAGGGCUCGACGAUGUGCCAAGGUGUGCUGCCCAGCAGCAAUCAGUGGUACUUCAUCCACGUACAGUGGAGCCGCGGUGUGUGGUCGGUGAGCGUGAACUCGUCCAUCAUCGAGCUGAGCGGCCCGCACUACACGCAAUCGCAGACGAUGAAGAUUAAAACGGUGGAGUGCCUGCGCUGCGUGGGCCACGUUGGGUCCAUGGCGGUGUGGAGCGGCCCGAACGGCCCCUCCACCGUGCGCACCUUUUUCUGUGAGCGCACCGUCGACAGCUCCGUGUCGCCCAUCUUCGUCCUGCCGAUGGACGAGGGCACCGGCCCGUGGUUGAAGGAAACCACGUCCAGCCAGUGCGUCGCGCUGAACUGCAAGGUGUUCGUGUGGGAUCCCGCCGUCGUGGUCCCUGCUAUCGCCGCCGCCCACGCCGCCUCUGUGCCCCUCGACACGUCGCUGUUGCUCGCCGGGCGUAUCCUCAAGAGCGCGUACCGCCUUUUCGUCGUGCUCCCUCCCCCCGAGAAGGGCUCCGAUGACAUGGUGGCGGAGGUCGAUCGCGAGACGAAUCGCAUCCUCCGCGUCUACCAGUGCCCGCGCUCCUGCGGCGAGAACGCGUACGCCCUGCUCGCUGAUGAGUCGGAGCUGCUGGUCUAUCAGCAACGCUUUUCCACCUUCAGCACAGUGCGCCUUUUUACGCGGCGGAGAAUGGAAAACGACUUAGUGCUUUGCAACACGGACGCAGACUCCAUUGCGCACGGCUCCGCGCUGUGGCUGCUGAAGCAGAUCUACCGCUCCAUCUACACGGAAAGCUAUGAGCUGGAGCGUAUCCCGUCGGAGAACACGCCGCUGUCCUUUACAACGCUGCGCUCGUUGGCACAGUCGCUGCGGAUGGUCAAGACACCGGCGGCGCCGCUGAAGGUGCUUGCGUUUAUGUCCCUCGCGCUGGUGCACUUCCGCCGUCUCGCGUCGCUGAACGACUCCCGCAUUUCUGACAUCGCGGCGUCCCUCAAGGCGUCGUGCAGUCUCAUCAUGGAGCUCUUCACGGAGAAGACGUUCUUUGAGGUGGCGUACAAGCUGUACCAUCUGGCCACGGCGUGGUCGCUGACGGUGGAGGAUCAGACGGAGAUGCUCCUGCACAUGGAGUCGGGUGAGCAGAGCGACCUGCAGUGGAGCUACUUCUCUCGCGAGCGGGUCUACACCGUUAUUCACCACAUCGUGCAGAACCGACCGGCUGACAUCGUCUCCGCCGCGAAGAACUUGCUGCGGCAGUGCGAGCGCGAGGCAGCGGAUGAGAGCAGCAGCUCGAAGCCGGUCAUUCACCUCAUGACCUCCUUCGUCCUCGCUGUGAUGACGACGCUCAAGUCGAAGCCGCGGGACACCUUCGAGGUGUACGUCGGCCAGCUCGUCGACGUGUUCGUCGAGUUUAUGAGCCGAAGCAGCGCGCUGUUUGUGCCGUCGCGCGUCGACGAGCAGCCGAACUCGGUGCUGCUGACGGGUGCGUUGCCGCUGUUCGUCGCCGUCGCGAAUCUCUGCCCAGCCGCCAUUUCCGAUGAGGCGCAGGAGCAACUGGCGGAGCUCUGCACGCGCCUGCGCACCGUCGAAACAUGCUCGAUGCAAACCGUAGGCUUCACCACCCACGAAGCCUACGACAUCUACGUGCCGCCGAGGGAGAACAGCGGUGCCUGGCGGCUGUACCUCGACUUCGCCACUGCGAAGAAUGUGUCGCUGAUCAAGGAGUCCAGCAGCCCGCCAAUGUAUGUGCUGCAGACAGACACCAAAACUGGUCAGCCGGACAACGCGGUGAUGGAUGAGACGAGCUCAUUUCGGAAGUUGGAAGGCGGCGUGCUGCACGUCCACGGCGAGGGAGAGAACAGCUUCACUGCCAUCGCGCAGUACGAGUUGACGCUGGACGUCUCGCUGGCGUCCGUGAUGCGGGAGUGCAUUUUGCGUCUGCUGCUGGCCGCCGCCUCGGAGCUGAUGGCGAAGCCCGCGAUGACGGACAUCGCCAUGACACCGCUGUUUCGAUGCGGGCUGACAACCAAGGUGCUCGAACAGAACGGCGUCGCGUGGUCUGGUCCUCGACGUGAGAACACGGACGUUCUGCCGCGGCAAGUGCUGAACGGCGAAGGCGAAGGAAUCGAAUUUGUGGACGAGGUGUGCAAGGCAAUGCGGGGCUCGGUGGUGCCCUCGAUGCGUCCAGCUAUUCAGGCGCUGCUGGCGAUUCUCCUCCACUGCGGCCUGGCCCGCUGCCAAGCAGAAGACGAGCUGAAGUUGCGGUGGUUCAGCGGGGAGUGGGGAACGAAGCUGGUCGGCGUGAUGAAGGAGCCGACGAUUGCGUUCCUGACGGAGCUGGCGCAGUGGAUGCUGGACAGCGUCUUCCACGAGAGCAACGAUGCCGCCUCGCCGUUUGCCAGCACAGGCCGCCGCAUCUCGGUCGAGCGACGACUCGAAAACUCCCUCAACGGCUCCCGCUCUCUCUCGGAGCGGCGCGGCUCGACAAGCUCGCGGCGCAGCGUGGUGAAGAUGUACUCACAGACGGAGUGUCUGGAGCAGGUACGGAGUCUGCUGAACAAAGGGAUCUCUACCUCGAUUAUCGAAAAGGUUCUCGUCGGACGCGCGCACGCCGCGCAGAGCAUCGAGAAAGGGCUGAAGCUUCUCUCGAAGGUCCUCCAGUUGAACAAGGAGAGUUUGACGGAGGAGGUUCUGACCGAUGCGCUGCGCGUGCUGGCGAACUUUACCUACAUGGAAAACUUCCAGCAUUUCACGGAGGUGCUGCGCGGGGCCGGCUCGGAUGCGGAAGCGUCGGUCCGAGGCGCCUUCCACGAGACGAUGCACAGCUUCUUCCACGUGCUAAAGACGUCGACGAACGUGCUGGGGUACCGCGCUGCGCUGACGCAGGCUGCCCACCGCGGGCGGGCCCUGAUGCUCUUUCACGCCAUUCUGUGCCUCCCGUGGGACGAGGCGGACUGCGAGCUGUUCCGCAAGAACUUCGAGACGGACAAAGACAUUCUUACCUUCUUGGAGAACCAGAUGGACUCGCCGAUGGGUCUUGGGGUGCUCACCUCGCCGUGGCGAGUGCGGCAUGAGGCGUCGCGCGCCUCCGAGAAAGUGCUGGAAGAUCAGGAGCAGACGAUUCGCACGGAGCUGCUCUGCGCGGCCGACUUCACCUCCCUCAGCCGCGUCUUUCCAAACGGCUUCUCCGUCGUCAUCCCCGGCAUCCAGACGGCGCGCUCGCAGCUCGGGGUCGAGAUGGAGAAGAGCGCUGGCGCCGCCGUGCUGAUCCGCGCGGACGAGGGCUGGCAGCUGAGCUGGAAAGAGGGUGUGCCGCGUGUGUACUAUUACGAAGUGAAGAUUAUUUCCCCAAUAGUCAAGUUCGACAUCGGCGUGCAGCUGCCGCGGGAGGAGCAGACCGUGCGUGCCGAGAACAUCAACUUCUCGUACAGCAGCACGGGGGAGGUGCAAGGGGCAGACUUGCAGCAGUGGCCGCCGUUUGUGGAGGGAGACACGGUGGGCUGCGGCGUGGUGGCCACCUCGCAGCAGCUCUUCUACACGCUCAACGGCAGCUUCCUCUCCUACGGCGGCCGUGUGGCGGUGUCGAACACGAAGAACGAUAGCGCCCUCCUCUACCCCUUUAUCUCCUUCGACGAGGGGAGCGUGGUGCGAGUCACCAUCAACUUUGGCACCGUACCUUUUGCCUACGAUUACCGGCAGCUGCACCCCGCGCUGACCAUCUUCACGGGUCCGACCUGGUACCGCGUCACGUCCACUGCGGAGAUGGUGCUGCAUUACUUGACGGCGCGUGUGUGCGCCGUGCAGGAGUCGCGAAACCAGAGCGCUCGCGACGCCCUCUCCCAGGCGUGCACGGUGGUGUGUCGCAACGUGAACAGCGUCACUUCGUCCCUCAUGAACAUCGGCGUCGGCGGCUCCUCGAACAGCAGCCCCGCCACGCGAGUGCAGCAGGCUGUCGCGCUGAGCGUCGCGGAGUACUCGAUCAUGAUCCUCAUCUCCACCAUUCGCUACAUCGCAACCCACGGCUUGCUGCUCAGCGAGCACAUCAGCAGCAUGGUCUUCGACGCCGUCUCUAUUUUGAUGCUGCUGCCGCUGCACUCGGUGCAGAUCGCGACAAUUGGGCUGCUACCCGACGUUAUCGUGCACGUCAAGGGGGUUCCAGACAGCAAGGCAGCGGGCAAUCUCGUCUCCACCCUCUUUGAGAAUGCAAACAACGUCACAGACAGCGAGGAGUUCAUCCCGUUUGUGCCUACGUGGUGCGAGUGCGACGCCAUCGCGAUGGCAAUCGUGGACGUGCAGCACGCCCACAUGCUGCCCGAGGCGCAACGCAGCAUCGUACUGGGCAACACCCUUCCCCGCACCGGCAUGGUGUCCUUCUCAGUGAAGGUGACGCGCCGCAACAUGGCGAAGGGGCACUCGCUGAAGGGCGGCUACUUCAUUGGCGUGUCCGUUGCCGGCCUCAGCCCGCUCACUCCCACGAGCAACUCCCAAAGCUGGAAGGCCGUGAAUCCGCCUAUUGUGUGGGCGAUCCAGGACACGUCGCCGCAGCUGCCGCACGCCACCAACCCCACCGUGAAGCUCAACAACUUUCAGCGCACCUUCGGUAACGCCGACGUCAUUCGCGUCGUGGUGGACCGCGACAAACGUUGCAUCGACUUCUACCGCGAGGGGGAGUUCCUCAAGACCCUCUUCAGCGACAUUCCGGAGGAUGUCGAUCUCGUGCCGUUUGUCCAGCUGUACAACGACGAUGCGGCGGCCGCGAUCAGCACGGGGGAGAUGACGGCGCCGAUCACCGGACCCACCCUGCUCGGCGCGGCCUCGGUCGAUGUGCUCCGGACUAUGUUGACGCUCGACCCUUUCCAACGCCUCGUGGCGAACCGAUUGUGCGAGGAACUGCAGUCGAAGAAGUUCCCCAAAGUGACGCUGCCUAUCUUUAACAGCGUGCCGGAUCCGCGUCUGCUGCAGCUGCGCAGCUCCUCCGGGGAGGAGGUGACGGUGACAGUGUCGCACCUGAACGAUCUGCGCUGCAAGUUUUCACUGAGCGGCAAGACGAACUACGAGCACCUGUACAACAUGCGCACGCCGGCCAAACCACGCACCAUCUGCAACUUCGACACCGUCUCCUCGACCUCGCGGUUGACUGGGCUGGGCCGCUGCAUUGACGAGCUGAUCGCGGCGACGGAGCGCAUGGUGAUCCCGCGCAUUACGGUGGAGGCGCUGUGCUGCAUCGAGCAGACGGAGCGGUCGAAGAUCGUGCUGGAAGAGAAAGACCAUUGGGACUUCCUCUUCCACGGCCUGCGCGUCGGAAGCUUCAUCACGGUGCUGCGCCGUCUGCCGUCGAUACCGACGACGCACCCCCCGCCCAUCCCGCGUGACUUCACCUUUUCCGCUGCGUUGUCGAACCCAGGCUUCGUGCUGCCGUCGCACUACUGCGGACGACUCGCGACGGUGCCGAACGGCGCGAAGGGCGUGUCGACACCGUUCAUUGCGAUUGCAGAGCCUCCCAUCUCCAUCAGCGCGCAGAUCAGCAUCCGCUGCCAGCUCAUUCGCGGCAAUCAAGGCCAAAUUCUCGGUGGCGGCUACUACUUCGGCGUGUGCACACCGUCCUUCCAUUGGAAGCGGAAGGACUUGAACUCGCACGCCGCGGAGGUGUGGGCGCUGCACGACAUGGACGACUCGCCGUGGCGCCUGCGUCACCUGCGCAGCGACGCGACCUUCCCCCUCGCCGCCGACCCACGCUGCAUCAUCGUAAGUGGCGACAUCAUCCGCCUACAGAUUGACCGCACGGCGCGCACCAUGCACGCCUUUCGCACCCCGGUCAACGGCGACGAAGUCCCGCUGGGUCUCAUCUUCGACAAUUUGCCGCCAGAUGGAACGCUGUACCCUUUCGUGAACCUUUUCAACACCGACGCAGUUGCGGUGCUGCUGCCGUCGAACUCGAACGCUCCGGCACUGCGGCUGCCGUGCCAGAAGUUGCAGUACUCCCUCUGCGCGCAAGACGAGCGCAAGACCUGUGACGGUUGCAUGACAAACCACGCCGACUCUCGCCUGACGAACUGCUGGUACAAGUGCAACGAGUGUGCCGACUACACCCUGUGCUCGAACUGCUUCCUGACCUGCGUCCACUCGAACCACAGCUUCACCGUGAUGGACGGCUCGCCGAUUGCAUACUCCACCACAACUCCCGCGACCAUCGAGCGUGGGAUGGAAGUGACAAUCCCCGCCACGACCGCCAUGUACCUCCGCAGCAGCGGCUGCCGCAUGUCCGAGGCGAAGAUGAACUGCGUGGCGGAGGCCGUGGAGGACAACGCCCUGUGUGUGUGGGGCCUCGUCGGCGUCGAUGACGCGGAGACGCUCUUCUCGGUCGUCAUUGACACCGUCGACGGCAGCCCGCUCUUCCCUGAUGCACCGGUCUUUGUCGGACUAGGGCCUGCACAGGAGAUCGUCCAGGCCACCCGCGAAAAGCUGCGCAACAAGUGCCUCUCGAACAUCUCUACCAUCGCCACCUUCUGCAGCGACUCGACGCUACGGCAGCCAAUGGAGCACAAGAGCCGCGACCCGUACGGCUUCCAACGUGGCGCCCGCAUCACCCUGCAGUACGACGCGGCGACGGGCAGGGUCACUAUCCUGCGCGACUGGGUUGUCGUGGGCAGCAAGUCCGUCGCGCUGAAGGACAACGAGAACAACGUGCAGCCCAUCGGGUGCUUUGUGCUGCUCGGCAAGAAGGGCACCACGGCGUCUAUCUUCCCGGAGCGGGCAACAACGUACACCACCACGGUCGAGGACGCCACGGGGAACAUUCUCAAGACGUCUGGCCGCGAUGGUAGCGUGUGGUUCGUGACGCGCGACAACUGCCGCCUGCCGCUGACGCCGUGCCGCGGUGUUUACCCGCAAAACAGCCUCGGCUACGUCCUACUGGACCAGCGUCUCGCUCAGUGUCGCCGACUGGAGCUGGAGAGUCGCGAGUUUCACGUGAAGGUGCUGGAAACUGAAGAGGUCAUCACUGUCGCACCGAGCUCCUUUUUGGCGAAUGAGCGCAACGCCAUCUCAGAGGAGUGGUUUCUCUCGCGCGGUGAGCGCAACGAGGGCGCCACCGUGGAGGAGGGCUUUGUCAUUUCGCGCCUGCUGCUCACGCUAUCGUGCCUGUGCGAGAAUGAGUCCCUCUCCCACCUUGUGUCGGUGCAUCAGGACCGGCUGCUGAGCAUGACGAAGCGGCUCGCCACCGUAAAGAUCGAGAACGACGCGCCGGUUGAGUUCUUGGAGGAAAUUCGCGCCUCUGUGGCGUCGACGGCGAACCGGCGUGGGUGGUGGCUGGAGGAGCGGCACAUCGCGCCGUUUGUGCCCGUGCUUAAUACCGACGAGCGCAAGCGGCGCUUCCACAGCGGGAUGCUGGUGCGCACGUUGCGCGGUGGCAGCGACGUGUUCGAGGUCACGGCGCGGCGUGGGGAGUCGCUCACCGUGCGCAACACGCGGACGGAGGCGGUGUCGCGGCUGUCGUACCGCAACUGCGUCGCGAUGAAGCAGUGCGGUGGUCGGGCGUGGUCCACCCGUCAGAACGGCCUCCCGUGCAGUCUGUAUGAGCACACGGUGCGGCUGAACGACCCCGCCAAGGCCGCGGAGAGCGUGCCGCUGCAGGAGGACUGGCUCGGCGAGCUCACCUUUGCGCGGACACCGAAGUCGCUGAGUGUGUCGCUGACGCCAAAUGGCAUUGGCCGCGCGGACAUCGCUCUCGGCACCACGGAGGAAACACGCAUGAUUGUCAUCUACGAGCACAAACGAUACAGCCGCGUGGUGCGGCUUUACAUGCGGCCCUAUGACACCGACCUGCAGACGCAGCUGCAGAAAUUCGUGAAGGGUGAAAGCGAGAAGGAAACGCCGAUGAGCUUUCAGGAGAAAGUGGACUUUGUCGUGAAAACGACGAAUGAUGUUGUCUCCAAAGGUACGGCGUACAUGGCCCUCACCGCCGCCGGGGAGCGCGAAAUCUUCUUUGAAAUGACCGGUUUCUUGGACGCUGAAGGGCUGCGUCUGAAUGGCACCUUCCAGUGCAACCAAGGCAAGGGCGGCCCCUUUACCCUCAACUCGGGUCGUCGCUUCGCGCUUCUCCCGGCUGUGUCGGACAGGUGGUCCGUUGAGCCGCUUCCCGACUGCGUCGAUGUCGUCAUCCCGCCGGAGCCGCACCGCGACAUGCGGGAGUGCAUGCACCGCCUCGUUGUAUUAUUGGCGCGUCAUCUUUACCUUGUCAUUUGCAGCCAGAUCGAGCGCAAGCCAACGGACUUCCUCGAGCACAUCUUCAACUUCACGAACCACCCCCUGGCCGACUCGCUCGUGAGCCGGGACGCCGACAACCACCUUUUGAGUGGCAUGCUGAGUGAGGCGAACAUGCGCAUCGUGGACCCCGCCAUCAAGCCAUGGGAUGCCAUCUCGCUCGCGCGUCUGGUCACGAACAGUCUGCUGCUGAGCACGGACGUGGUCAACAACGUGCCGGAGCACCUGCUGUGGGACUGCCUGCACGGCGUCGUCACGGCGGCCCACCGGUGCGGACGCUACCGCCGCCACGAGAUCAUCCGCAGCAUCACGACCUUUGUCCAAAGCCGGCUCGACCACACUGACAUCUACACGCAGCUCUUCUCGACGCUCUUCACCUAUGUGGAGCGGUGGGUGGUGACACUGUGCGAGGACUCGGAGGUGAAGAAGGACGUUGCGGCCGGCGUGGACCUGCUGCUGGCCCUCGGCAAGCCACUCGGCGAGAAACUGAGGAACAUCCCUGUUGCCCCGCUGCACUGCCUGAUUGAUCUCUGGCGCUCGCUCAGCGCGGCCGUGGCGCUCCCACGUGUGGUGGACGAGCUGCACAUGGCCGUGCGGCCUAACAUGCCCAAGGUGGACACGCUGUGCACCUUUGGCGAUUACGUGCGUCACGAACUGAAAGUAGGCAAGAUCUCGAGCAGCUGCGGCACCGAAGGCAAAGGCCAUUACUACUACGAAGUCACCCUGCCCGACCGCAUCACCUCCGCCUACGCGAUUGGGUGGGGCACGACGACGCACAAUGAGGUGCCAGGGCAGCACGUCGGAAGUGACCGCAACAGCUUCGCCUACAACGGCUCCGACAUUAACUCCCGUGAGGGCAAAGAGGAGUACAAGAUCCCGACGGAGAGCGUCCCGGGCUCGGUGGUGGGCUGCCUGCUGAACAUGGAGGAGCGCACCGCGGCCUGGUCGCUCAAUGGUGUUGUUGGCCCCUUCAUCGCCAUCCCUAUCUCGAUCGGCAACGCACCACUCUUCGCCUUUGCCUCCAUCGGCACCUGCAGCGGCAUGAAGGUGCGGCUGCGUGCGAACGAGUUCGUCUACGCGCCGGACGGCUACACCGACCUCUCCGGCUACUUCGCCCGCCCUUUGGUGGACCAGUACGACCGUGCGCUGCGCAGCGAGAUGCCGACGCAGUCGUUUGCCUUCUACGUCCAACUCGCCUCCUUCCUUUCCGAUGCCGAUGACUACUUCGGGGAGCAGGCGGAGAUGAACCGCAACGCCUCCAUCUCCCUGCCGCCCGAGGACCCCUAUACACUGUUUCUGCACUCCUAUCCACUUCUGCAGUCCUUACCGCCGGCAACGCUGCAGCGCUUCGCGCAGGUGAUUGCGGUGACGGAGAGCUGCAUGGCGACGGCGAAUCGCUUUGUGGACCUGGACGAGGAGACGGUCACCGGGACGCUGUCGCAGGCCUUUCUCUCGAUGAAGGGCCUCAUCCGCCGCUCCUUCCGCCAGCGCCUGCUGGUGAACGUGGCGCUGCUGGAGCCGUCCACCGGGGCGCCGACGAUCUUUGUGCGGGCCACAGACCUGUACUCGAACCUGCCUCGCACCACCGAGAGCGCCCUCCAGCACUCCAUCUUGGCCCAGCUGUACCGUCAGAUUGGCUUUUUUACUGGGGAGCAGUGGUCGGUGACGCCGCUGUUCAAGGUGAACCUACACAUCAGCGGCUCGGGACACACGCCGGUGGACAUGGGUGGGCCGUACCGCCAGCUGUGGACCUUCCUUGGGUUCGAGAUGAUGCAGCACCCCGACAAGUGCUACCCUAACUCCGAUUUCCACCGCAACCCGCUCUUCGUUUUUGUGAACAACUCACAGCGCAUCUCGCUCGUGCCGGACAGUCAGGCCAACUCCGCCUACGACCUGAACCUCUUCACGUUCUUCGGCAAGAUCAUGGGCCACUCCGCGCGCGCCAAGACGCCGCUGGACAUCGACUUCUCGCCGUUCUUCUGGAAGUUCCUCGUGGAUGACGAGCUGACGGUGAAGGACUACUACGCGCACGUCGACAGCGUCGUCGAGGCCACCGUGCAGGAUGACAACUUCCUCCUUAGCGGCGUGGCGGACGAGCUUAUUCCCGGCUACGCAGAGAGCGUGGAGUGGCUUGACGCGGACGACAACGACGCCGUGACGGCGCAGCAGCGACGUACCAUCGCCGAGCGCUGCCUUGUACACUCGAUGGACGAGCAGCUCAGCGCCAUCCGCAGCGGACUCUGGAGCACGCUCUCGCGCCGCGUGGUGCGCUGUCUCUCUUGGAAGGAUCUGGAGAACUUGGUGUGCGGGGAGAGCAGCCUGUCCAUCCCAGACUUGCAGAAGUACAUGCGGGUGCAGCUGACGGGGAGCCGUGAGACGUACUUCUGGCAGAUUGUGGAGCAGCUCUCCAUGGAGCAGCGCGCGUCGCUCAUCUGCUUUGCCUCAGGCCAGCGCCGCCUUCCACUGAUCCGCCCUAUUACGGUGGCGGAGAACACCGAGAGCGUUGAGCACCUGCCACGUGCGCAGGCCUGCGGCUCAGUGAUUACGGUUCCUCAGUAUACCUCGCUGGAGAUGUUUAAGGAGAAGCUGUUGAUUGCCCUGCAGCAUCAAAUGGAGAUGGAAUUGGCAUAA